AUGGCGCUGACCAUGCAGCUGGAACAGUGCAAGAUGGAUGCUCCUCCUCCUUCAGAAAAACCGCAAGACAUUCUUAUUAUCUAUGAAGAAGAUUCAGAAGAAUGGGCACUGUAUUUAAAGUCAAUUUUCAAGCACAUUAUAUUAGAAAAUAGAAUCUUGCUUUACAACAUAGAAGCUGUAUCUCUUCACCAUUUGGAACUGCAAUCCUUGUGUUCUUACAGAUGUAAACUACUGAUAUUGUCAGGUGGACUUCUAAACGGCCUGGAUUUAGACAAGAGUAUUUUUCUGGAAAAAAUUCUUCAGCCUCCUGAAAAUGUGGUUAUUCUACUUUGUGGGGUUGAGAAUUCAGCCAUUCUGGAUGAGAUACUCAGUAUGGACAAGAGCAAUCAGGUGAUCACCACCGAUCAGAGCCCAGAAAUCUACCUGGCAGUAAUUGCUGACAUUAUUCAACAAGGGGUUCCUGAUCUUAAUACAUUGUCGUUGGAUUUAGAAAGUGUUUUGAAGAUAGAAGAUAGUGCAGUAACUGAGACGAUCCCUGAAACAUUGGAGAGGCCAGCAGUCUUAGUGCUGCCCACCAGGAUAUCAUGUGAGAACCCUGAAGAAAUAUUCAUUCUGCUGAGAGAUGAUGUCCCCAGUGACUCAGUAGAGAUUGAGCUCAUGACAGAAAAUCAACAAAUCAGGACUCGACCAAAAUUCUGGAAUCAAAAUGUCUUGUAUGUGAAGACAUUAGCUUUUCCUGCUGGCUUUGUAAAUGUAAACGUUUACUGUGAGGGAAUCAUUAAAGUAACAACACAGAUUGAAUAUUACACAACAGCAGAGGAGAUUGAGCACAUACUUCAGAAGGUGGCCGAUCCUGUAUCCUUUGCUUGUCAGGCUUCCAAGUUUUCUUCAGCAGAGAAGGUUGAUAGGAUUCUCACAUUUCUGUUGACAAACCCUGCUAUUUCCUAUGAUUUUAGUGAUUUUACAAACAAAGAUAAGGAUCAUAAUCACCAAGAGAGAGACUCUCAUUUGGAAGAACUUCCUACUCUCCUCCACUGUGCAGCUAAAUUUGGACUAAAGAAGCUUGCGACUGCUCUCCUCCAACAUCCUGGGGCUAUUCAGGCUUGCAAGGUAACCAAUAAGUAUGGAGAAAGCCCAGCAUGCGUUGCAGAAAAGCACGGCCAGAAAGAGAUACAGGAAAUCAUUAAAGAAUUGUCAGUAAAUGACUACAAACAAGAUGAACAGGUGGAAGAGAACAUGAAUACUGAAGAUGACACUUACAUGAUUAUGAUGAUGCACUCAGAAUUUCAUCAGAAAGGAUGUUUCUCCAGGCCUAGUACAAGGGAGCAGUCUGAAGCCUGCUGGAAAAUCCAGAAUGAAGCAGGACUAGAUGCUGAAGUGGAAGAGAACGAAGAGGAAAGCGUGGCCAAGGAGAGCGCCGAUGAAGAAGCAAAUAAGACUGUGGAAGAUUCAUGUCAUGACAACAGUUUAUAUUGUACUAUAGAUGUGGGGGACCCUGAAGCUGACGCAAGAGACGUGACCUGUGAGGAAGGGCCUCCACUGCCACCUCGUGUCCAGCUGACAGCCCUGAGACAAGGAGAAGCUCUCUGUGUGUCUCCAGAAGAAGAAAUAGUUAAAGACAAAAAGAAUAAUGAAGAUGCAUUUGAAGACCUGCAAGAAGAGGAUGACUCCAAGGAAGUAGGAGAGGAAGAUCCAUACACAGCUGCUCAGCUGGAUGAUGGUAUAUAUGAUGCAAUACUGGCCAGUGCUACUGAAAAACGAAGAAAAGAAGGCCGGUCCUUUAUUAUGAACCGGCCACCAGCACCUGCCCCCCGUCCUUCUUCAUCUGCCCCUGUAAAAGAAGAGGUCACGCCGUACAUAGCACAAGUUUUCCAGCAAAAGGCAAGCAGAGUUUCUGCAGCUAAUGAGAAGGUGUUGUAUGCUGUCAGAAAACCAGAUCGAGUUUACGAUGAUGGGGCAACUUAUACGACUGUCAGGCCAAGAAUCCCACCAGGUCAAGAACAACUAGUCUUGUUACAGGAGGAGGUGAAAAGGGGGAUGAUUUCCAUGGAUGAAGCUGUGGAGAAAUUCAAACAAUGGCAGAACCAUAAAAGCAGAUUAGAAGUCACCAAGCAGGAAAAAAUGCGUCAGCUCCAAGACUCUAUUACCAGAAAAACACCGGAGGAGGAAUACUUGUAUGGUAAAUCACGUUUAACUAGCAUUGCAACAGGCUAA